AUGGUUUCCUUCAAGGCCGUUGUUGCCGCCGGCUUGGCUACCUUGGCCGCCGGUGAGUCGCUGGGCAUCACUUCUCACGACAAGUACUCCUCCUCCGUCGGCGUUCUCGGCGGCAAGAUCAACACCAAUCGUGUGGCCUACUGGCCCAUGUCCGUUGAUUGCAAAAACAUCUGCGUGCGCGUCUCCCACGCCGGCCGCAGCGUCGACCUUCUCCGUAUCGACCAGUCCGGCAGCGCCCACGACAUCUCGUACGACGCCUACAAUUUCCUCGUUUCCGGCAAGUCCGCCACCGAGAACCCUAUCACCGGCGGUGCCGUCAACAUGGACAUCUCCAACGUGCCUGCCGACAAUUGCCUGCAGCACCUCAAGGCCGGUGGCCUCCCGCUGUCGGCUUCGAACAGCAUGAAUUUCCUCUCCAGCUGCCUGGGCCAGGCUAACAGCUGGGUGGCGCGCAACUACCGCCUGUUCAACAUCCAGGACCCGGUCUGCCACUGGGGCUACGACGAGCAGUGCUCCCUGGACCUGAACUUCAGCAACCAGCCCAAGUGCCCGCACGCUCUGGGCAGCACCAACGGGCGCCUGCCGGACACCGUGUUCAACAUUGGGUACGGCACUGGCAAGGUCGUUCCCGCCCCGUAA